GCAGCAGCAGCAGGAUGAUGAUGAUGAUGAGGAGGAGGAUGAGGAUGAUGGAUGGUGUUGAAUGUCAUAAUGAACCAGAUAAUUGCGCUAUUUGUCAUGUUGUAAUGAGCACUCAUACAUUUUGCAGUAGCUCCCACUUCUCAGCCUCUAGGUGGCAAAAGAUCCCCAUGGAAACCAGACGGGAGCAGAAGAGACGAGUCGUGGAAGUACAUACUUUUUAAACGAGGAAAAGUCCAAUCAUCGGCAGCAGACACUGGUUUUUCUCCACGGCUGAUUCAUCACAGGACAGGUCAAUUAUCAUCUUUGAUUUCCCCCCUGUGGUCCACAGAUGUUCAUUGCACUUCCUGCAGCUUUGUCUGGCAGAAGUAACUCAUGUCUCAGUUUGAUUUGAUCCAUCACUUCAACACAAAGUCAUUGAAUGAGUCCUGGCUCAUCAACUUAUUCCUAGGAGGCGUCGAUCGCUUUAAUGACCAACUGUGGAGUGAGGGAACACACUAAAUGCUGCUGAGAUCAUCGGCUCCCUGACCUUACAGCAGCCCAGAUGUUUGAUAACACAACAACACAGAGUCCUUACACUCCGAGCCCUGGACCGUCCACUUCAGCUCAGGUCAGGGACCUGUCCGAGGUCAGAGGUCAGCAGGUCAAGUUCAUCUUCAACUCAGAAGGUCCAGAUUCAGGAAUCACCUCCCUUCCACCAGGUCGUCUCUUGUCUCCCUCUGUCCUGGUCCAGGUACCAGUGAAGACAGCUGCAUCUGUAAACACACAGACACACACUCUCUCUGAACCAUGCUGCGUGCCAGUGUGUCCUUGGGCCAGAAACCUAACCUCUCAAAGUUGCCCAUCACUUUGCAGGAGCUGCAGCCAAUCCCACGAUGCACCAGGAAUAGCAACCAACCUGGAAUCUGUGCCAGCCUCUCUGUUUCAGAUGACAGUCUGUGGUCACCGCCACAGGCUUCACUUUGAGGGACAAAACCUGAGUGUGGAAAUGUCACUACAGGGUCCACACACACACACACACACUGCUCUGGCUGCACUGCCUUACACGCCAACUCUGCAGUGACGUGCAGAGGAACUGGAGGCUGAUUUUUUUUAAUUUUUUUUAUGACCAACUUUGAUAAACGUAACUCAUCUUUCCCUCAUUUUUUUGUCUCCCCCUCCUCCUCCUCCUCCUCUUUCUGGCUCCCUCUCUCCUGUGUCUCUCUUUUUCAGUCUCUGUAGCCCAUCUUUAUCCACAGUAAAAAGAUCUUCUCUCCCUCCUCCUCCUCCUCCUCCCUCCAUCCUCAACCUCCUCCAUCUUUGAGAUAAAACAUUGGUUUUAGGUUUCCAGCAGCAGCAGCAGCAGAGCUGCAGUUGCGCUGGCACACAUUCAGCGUGGGUUGCAGUGCACGCGCGCGCGCGCACACUCACACACGUACAGACUCGGAGCCGCAGCAUCUCCUGGAUCCUUUUGCGCACAAGCCGGUGCGUACAUGCGUCUUCAUCCCGCUCUCCCUCCGUCACAUCCAGCCCAGGAGUUGGUUCCACUUGUCCGGGAAAAAUGUGGCACCGCGGAAUAGCGACAUUCCUGGUUUUACUGACGUUUUUGGAGCAGGAGUCGCUGGCAGGAUUCCCGAACCAGAUCAACAUCGGUGGACUCUUCAUGCGCUCCACGGUGCAGGAACACAGCGCCUUCAGGUUCGCGGUCCAGCUCUACAACACCAACCAGAACGCCACGGAGAAACCGUUCCACCUCAAUUACAACGUGGACAACCUGGAGUCUUCCAACAGCUUCUCCGUCACACACGCCUUCUGCUCCCAGUUCUCUCGGGGAGUGUACGCCAUCUUCGGCUUCUACGACCGCAAGUCCAUGAACACGCUGACCUCCUUCUGCGGAGCGCUGCACACCUCCUUCAUCACACCCAGCUUCCCCAUCGAUGCCGACGUGCAGUUUGUCAUCCAGAUGAGGCCCGGUCUGAGAGGAGCCGUUCUCAGUCUGCUGGACCACUACAAGUGGGAGAAGUUUGUCUACCUGUACGACACCGACAGAGGUUUUGCGAUCCUCCAGGCCAUCAUGGAGUCCGCCGUGGCCAAUAACUGGCAGGUGACGGCCCGCUCCGUGGGCAACAUCGUGGAUCCCACUGAGUACAGACGCAUCAUCGAGGAGAUGGACAGACGGCAGGAGAAACGCUUCCUCAUCGACUGUGAGGUGGACAGGAUCAACUCCAUCCUGGAGCAGGUGGUGACCUCAGGGAAGAACAGCAGAGGAUACCACUACAUCCUGGCCAACCUGGGGUUUUCUAACGUGAGUCUGGACAGGGUCUUCUCUGGUGGAGCCAACAUCACAGGUUUCCAGAUCAUCAACCCGGACAGUCCUGUGGUCCAGCAGUUCCUGCAGCGCUGGGAACGCCUGGACGAGAGGGAAUUCCCCGAAGCCAAAAACUCUCCUCUGAAGUACACGUCGGCACUGACCCACGACGGCAUCCUGGUGAUCAUCGAGGCCUUCAGGUACCUCCGACGGCAGCGAGUGGACGUGUCGCGCAGAGGAAGCGCGGGCGACUGCCUGGCCAAUCCCGCAGUGCCCUGGAGCCAAGGCAUUGACAUCGAGAGAGCCCUGAAAAUGGUCCAGGUUCAAGGCAUGACAGGAAACAUCCAGUUUGACACGUUCGGUCGUCGAGCCAACUACACCAUCGACGUGUAUGAGAUGAAGUCCGGUGGUCCCAGGAAGAUCGGCUACUGGAAUGAGUACGAAAAGUUUGUUUAUGUAAUGGAUCAGCAGGUCACCAAUGAGUCCUCUUCUGUGGAAAACCGAACAAUUGUGGUCACUACUAUUAUGGAAGCUCCGUAUGUGAUGUACAAGAAAAACUAUAUGCAGCUGGAGGGGAAUGACAGAUAUGAAGGCUACUGUGUCGAUUUAGCUUCUGAAAUUGCGAAACAUGUGGGGAUAAGAUAUAAGCUGUCGAUUGUGCCGGACGGGAAGUACGGCGCCAGAGAUCCAGAGACCAAGACGUGGAACGGGAUGGUGGGAGAACUGGUCUACGGGAGAGCCGACAUAGCCGUGGCUCCUCUCACUAUCACCCUGGUGCGGGAGGAGGGGAUCGACUUUUCCAAGCCCUUCAUGAGUCUGGGCAUCUCCAUUAUGAUAAAGAAGCCGCAGAAAUCCAAACCGGGGGUCUUUUCCUUCCUGGACCCUCUGGCCUACGAGAUCUGGAUGUGUAUUGUCUUCGCCUACAUUGGCGUGAGUGUGGUGCUCUUCCUGGUGAGCCGCUUCAGUCCCUACGAGUGGCACCUGGACGAUGCCGAUGAGGCCAAAGACCCUCAGUGUCCCCCAGACCCUCCGAACGACUUUGGGAUUUUUAAUAGCCUGUGGUUCUCCCUGGGCGCCUUCAUGCAGCAAGGAUGCGAUAUCUCACCAAGGUCUCUGUCUGGGCGUAUCGUCGGAGGUGUGUGGUGGUUCUUCACCCUCAUCAUCAUCUCCUCCUACACGGCCAACCUGGCGGCCUUCCUCACCGUGGAGAGGAUGGUGUCUCCCAUCGAGAGCGCCGAGGACUUGGCCAAGCAGACAGAGAUCGCCUACGGGACGUUGGACUCAGGCUCCACUAAAGAAUUCUUCAGGCGCUCCAAAAUAGCGGUCUAUGAGAAGAUGUGGUCGUACAUGAAAUCGGCAGAACCCUCCGUGUUCGCCAAGACCACCCCGGACGGAGUGACCCGUGUGCGGAAGUCCAAGGGCAAGUUCGCCUUUCUGCUGGAGUCCACCAUGAACGAGUACAUCGAGCAGCGGAAGCCGUGUGACACCAUGAAAGUGGGCGGUAACCUCGACUCUAAGGGUUAUGGCGUGGCCACACCCAAAGGCUCUGCAUUAAGAACUCCUGUAAACCUUGCAGUAUUGAAACUCAGUGAACAAGGCAUCUUAGACAAGCUGAAAAACAAAUGGUGGUACGAUAAGGGUGAAUGUGGAACCAAGGACUCUGGAAGUAAGGACAAGACAAGUGCAUUGAGCCUGAGCAACGUGGCAGGAGUCUUCUAUAUUCUGGUUGGAGGGCUGGGUCUGGCAAUGACCGUGGCUCUGAUUGAGUUUUGCUAUAAGUCACGGCAAGAAACCAAGAGUCUGAAGUUGGCAAAGAACGUCCAGAACUUUAAGCCAGUCCCUCCUGCCAACAGCCAGAAUUACGCCACGUACCGUGAAGGCUACAACGUGUACGGGACGGAGAGCGUGAAGAUUUAGGGGAGGAAACCAAAUAUAUAUAUAUAUAAAUAUAUAUAUCGCCUCCUCCUGGUGCAUCUGGACGGAAACAGCUCCUUUGUGUGACCUUUGAACCUGGUUGUUGUACUGACGUCGUGAACACAGCAGACGUUCCUUCUCAUUGGCCUGUGACACAAACCUCCCGACUCGUCGAGCGCUCACCUGAGCAUCGAGCGACCGGUCACAGGAACGGAAGGACGCGACACCACGGUCAGACUUUUGCUUCUGAGAGAUUUGCCUCCUGUAGUGCCUUAUGGAGCAUUUUAGCGUCGUGGCAAUGCAAUUCAUGUCUAAUCCACUUGAAAAUAAUGAAGAAAAAAAAAUACUUGUGUGGGAGACGUUUGCUUCAAACAGCAAUUUGAUGAACUGUUGCGAUUUUUUUCUAUUUGAGAAGAAACAAAAGACGAAGCCAUGACUUUCAACGGACAAGUGGGGAAACCUCCGGAUUCACUGGAGUUCUUUACAGACUUAUUUUUGUGGUGAAAUCCUGAGUUAUAUAAAUAUUAUAUUUAGUGAAGUAAAGUCAUUCUAUUGUUUUACUAUAAGACUAUUUUCAGUGUCGUAAUAUUAGGGACAGGCAUCGGGAAGGUCUCGGAGCGACAACACGCCCCCCCCCUGUUUUAAACCCAAAUAAGAACAAAUGUGAAAAGUGAGCAACUGUUGUUAAAAUGAGAAAAAUGUACAGAGGCGUUUGUUUAGAUGCUUGUUUCAACCGUAACUGCCACAACUUUGAAACCAGUCGACCGGCUUUUAGUUCAUCUGUGCCAUGUUUUAAAACUCUUGAGUAGAAACUUUGAGACCAUUUUGUUGAAGUGCGCACACUUUCCUACUGAUUUAACUGAGAGCUUAUGACGUCUGUUUUUUGAUCAGUGGUGAUGAAAACCAACGCCUCUUUGGUCGUGACGUGCUUCCUGUGUUCAUGCGUUGACAGAGGAGGAGCCAGUGGGGUUCGAUCAAGAGA